AGGUAAAGUCAGCUAGCCUAGUGCUUCAAGAAGUCGUUGAAGCAUCUAGAAGUACUCUGACGCCCAUUGAGGUUACUCCUAAUAUUAUGAUGGGUUGCCUUAAGAGUUCCCGAUAGUUAAAGGUAAAGGUUUUGCGUCAGGCCAGUGGCCGUAGCUUAUUCCGGUUUCUGUAGCAGGAAGCGACUCGGAGUAUUUCUAGUCCCCCGUGAAUGGGAUGCUAGUACAUCGCAGGGUACCGAACCCCUCCGCUCCCCUCCCAACAUUAAAAUUCGCCGUUACCCAUUUAUAUGCCUGGGUGGAGAGAGAACCUGUAAGAGUAAAAUGUCUUGCCCAAGAAUACAAUGCAAUGACCAGGGCUCAAACACGGAGCACUCUGUCGUGAUCCGGAGUUUAGCGCACUAGGCUACCGCGCCUCCACAAAUUUACUGGUACUAGUUUAUAAUCCUCGGUGGAGGUAGGGUUCUGAAAAAAUUGUAUUGCUAAACAACACAUACACAGAGACCCUGAAACAGACAGAGUUCCUUUCAAAUUUUCUCGCCAGUUACGAGGCACUCAAACAGUCCAUUGGUCACUCAAAUGCACUAUAUAAGAAUCGUUAAUUACUGCAAAGACGGGAUAAUGUAAUCUAUGGGAUACAUUAAAUAAUCUCCUGCAGAUUGGUUUAUCCGUUGGUGACGUAAAUAGAAUUCUCCAGUCCGCCAAAAUGGAACAACAUGCAAUGCAGGUUGAACUGCUUUUAGAAUUAGAAAGAGCCACUCCUAGAAAAGUUCUCAGAAAGAUCUGGGUUCCAUACUGCGUGGAGUAUCCCAACAGAAAACGAACAUGGAGGCAAAAGCUUGUGGAAUUUGGUUCGCCCAAGAAACACACAGCAAACCAGCAAACAUAUGUGAAUCCAGCUCUGUUACAAAUCAGUGACAAGGUCACCAAACUGGCUGACAAGGUCGACCAACAAGAAGACAAGUUGCAAAACAUUAUCCGCCUCCUUGGAAGACUUGAUCAAAGACUGACCGAGAUGACUUCGAGUGGAAAACCGUUGACCAGCACAGUGGAUGGACAGCAGGCGCUCUCCAGAGAACCUCCGAUUGUUCCGAUUAGCGGGUUCACACAAGAACGCCCGUCCACAGAAACGACACGGAGGCCAUCCAUGGAGUCCACGGUGUAAACACACAAUUUCAAGAUUCCAGAUGAAACUGCAAAUCUGGCGUAAAUAAGGCUCUCUCCAAACGUGAUGCGAUCACCGAUCCCAAACGUAACGGAGAUCUAAUAGAAAGGAGCAGAACCUACCAUUUCCGUGCAACGGCCGAGCCAAGACUUCCCAUCUUCAAUUCCGUAGCGACUUUACAAUGCAAGAAUUAAAAGAAGCAUGUAAAGUUUGACUUCAAAUAUUUAAGACAGAAGCAAAUUUUUUCAGUUCAUCCUAAGAAGGGUGUUAAUGGUCGUAGACCGACUAUUAAAGCUGGAAAAAAAUCGAUUGCCUAGGGAUCCAUAUCUUUUUGCUUAAUUACAUUUGGCACUGGUUAUCAAAGGAUAUCGUUUGGUUCAAAGUUUCUUGCAGCACAUAAAAAGAAUUGAAAAAAUUUCAUGUCAAAAAAUAAUUAUUUCAAAGAUGAAAUAAAAUGGUGCUAGGUGAAUAACGUUGACUCAAUGACUUGCAAUGUGUGAUAAUGGGUUUCUUUGUUUAAUUAUCACAAAUAAAAAAUAUACAAAUUAAAUUGUAA